AUGCCACGUGCGCGCGUACCCGCCGCUGAUGGCCCCGAUGGCGCGCCGCGCAUGGUGGUGGUGGUGGUGUCGGCGGAGCGCCGGGGGCAAGGCGCGGCGCAGAGGGGUGCGGGGCGAGAGAUGGGCGACGAGAGAAGCGCGGAAGGAGGCGACGCGCGGGAGCGGGGAGGUGGCGGAGAGAACGCCGCGCGGGGAACGCUAGCGGGGGAUGACGCCACGGAUGGAGGAGCUGGGGGCGAGGGGGACGAAAUGGGGGAGAGGAGAGAGGGGGGAGAAGGGGGAGAGGAGGCAGGCAAGGCGAAGAGAUCGGAGAUGGAGGGGGAAGCGCGGCUCUUGCUGAGCAUCGAGCGAUCCAUGUAUGGCGGUGGGGAUGGCGGGCACGGGGUCAUGCACGCACACGCAUGCACUGCUCCCAUGCGCAGUGAGAGUGCGGGUGUCACAGUGUGGUGGGAAGCUGUGAAAGCCGCGCGUGAGAGUGUGGCUGGCCUCCUCCACCGCACGCCCACGGCGCUCAUCCCACUGCGCCCUGCGUGCCCGCGUGCUCCUGCUCCAUCGUCCCCAUCCGUUUCCUCAUGCCACUCUCUGGCGCAGUCGAGCACGUACUUCGCAGCACUGCUGUCGUCAUUCCGAGAGGCGGCACAGCCGGAGCAGCGCAUCCACUGGGACCCCCACCUCUUCGCACACCUCCUCCCGCACCUCCUGCCCGCCCUGCCCCGCCCCGCCCUCUCCGCGCCGCACAUCCCUGGCCUGCUCACGAGUGCGGUGUACUUCGGGGUGGCAGCAGCAGUGCGCGCUGCCAGCCGCUGGGCGCAUACCUACUGCAGCACAGGGGGGAGAGGAGGGGAGGGCCUGGCAGGACGAUCGAGCGCAGGCGCUGGGGGGAUAGCUAUGAGAAAAGGGAGUGGCGACGUAGGGAGACGAGGAAGGCGAAGUGGCAGGCGUGCAGGCGAGGGUGGGUGUCCAUGGGUGUGCUUCCCUGCACCUGUAUCGGACGUGCACUGGCUCGCUGCCACGUGGACCGCUGCACGCGAUGCAGGUGCGUGCUGUGUGCAGCGCCUGUGUGCCAUCGUCACAGCCGUGGAGAUGGUGAGUGCACCGCACUGCGCCCACACCGCAUGCCACACCAACCACCACUGCCACCUUUCCCCUGCCAUGUGUGCGCUCACAUCGUCUUCCUUUCCCUCCAUUUCCCUGUCGCUCACACGACCCAUGCCCUCCAUUUCUCGAACCUGGAUCGUUCCUUCCCAUUGUUUCCUGCGCUCUCGUCCUACCCUCUACCCCUCUGCCCCUUUGCCCUCUGCCCCUCUGCCUCUCGCCCCCCUCCCCGGUGCCCAUCAGCCGUACCUGGCGUGUGAGCAGCGUCACUGCAUGUCGCUGCUGCCCGGGUCGCUGCUGCACACAGUGCUGGCCACCCACCGCGCGCUGCUCAACGUGCCAAGGCAGGCUGCUGCUGCCCCUCCGCCCACAUCCCUUCCAGCACCCUCUGCCCUCCCGUUUCAGAUCACGCCUUGUUCCUGCCCGCCCACCUAUCUACACAUUCCCUCUUCUACUUCCCCCCAUUCGUUCCCCCGGUGCCCUGUUAACCAGUCCCUGCUUCCUCUCGCUUUCCUCCGAUGUAAGCCGUCUGAUUCUAAUCCUCGCCCUCACCUUGUGAUUAAUCUCUCUCUCCCCACGUUCAAUCUAUCUCCGUCUCUGUUCCAUCUCGUCUCUUCCGUUCUUCCCCCGGCCCACUUCCGUCAUCCCCUCCCUCUCCCUUGCUGCUCUCAUCCGGCCGAAACUCAUCCCGCUUCCUCCGAGUUCCAACCAACCCCCCACUUGCACGUUCACCUUCCCCUCGUCCACACCAUGCGCGUCGGUGGCACGUGCAGUGCGCUCACAGCCCUUCGUGACGCGCACGCCACCACCUGCCAUGUGCCACAGCAAAUCCCCUUCCGUCCCUCCGUUGUGCCCCGUGCGUCCUCCCCCGCGCUUCCUCCUGCGUGCCCCAUAGCCCCCUUGGGCCAGCUCUUCCAAUCCCUUGCUGCUGCUGCCACCCACCACGCACAUCCCAGCACCAGGGAUGACAGCAGUGGCGCCAGCAGCAGCAGCAGCAGCAGCAGCAGCAGCAGCGGCAGUGGCAAAGGCAGGGGAGAGGGAGGGGGCAGUGAGGGAGGGCGUGUGCACAUCUCGCCAUGGACCCAGGCAUGCGCGCUCGCCUUCAAUAACCAUUGUGCUCUCGCCUUUCACAAAAUUGCUCCCUCUCUAACACGCCCCUUUGCUUCCGCUCACCGUGUCUCCCUUGCGCUCUUGUUCCACCCUUGCUGCACGCCUCUCACUCCGUCCAUCCGUCCAUCCACACUGCCCCCCAUGCAGGUCUACUCCUUCUCCGCCUGCUGCUCUCUCCCCCCGGACGCCUUCCUCUCAUCGUCCCCCUCACUCACCCACCACGCAUGGUCAACCCCCAUCGCACCAUGCACCCUCGCCUGCCCUCCUCUACCCCCCACAGCCUCCUCCACUCCAUCCACUCAACACCUCGACCCGUACCUCGCCCCUCACACCCCACCCACAGCGGCCUCUCAGCAUCUCCUGCCCCUCCCGCCAGCCCCUCUGCUCGCGCACCUGGACAUCUCGCACUGCGCGCUGCUGCAGCCCUCGCAUCUCCGCACGUGGGCAGCAUCAGUGCCUCCACCGCUGUCACUGCACAGAUUCACCGCCCGCUCCUGCCCGGCCCUGCUCCCCGUUCCCACCCUCCACGACCUUUCCUCCUUCUGCCCAAAGCUUCAGUCGGCAGAUUUUUCCCUGCCCGAGCCUCCGGUGUUUUGCAGGGGUGUUGCGGGGUCAGGAGGGGGUGCUGCUGCUCUGCCUGGCGCUGGUGCUAGCACUGGUGCUAGUGUUACGGAUGGGGAUGGGGAUGGAAAGAGCAAGGGUGGCAGCAAGAAGGCACACAAGGGUGCUAGCACGGCCAGCAUCACAGGCGCGAGUGGUAAGAAGAAGCAGGCGAGUCCGUGCACCCCCAGUGCAGUGGCUCCUAGUGGAGUCAAGGGACGGCACGGCAGGAGUGCAGGGCAGGGGAGACGAGCAGCACACCAGGCAGGUGACAGGCGGGUCGAUGGAGGUGGAGAGGAAGAGCAGGAGGAGGAGGAAGAAGAGCAGGAAGGGGAAGGGAGUGUGGAGGGCAGGGGCGAGGAAGGGGUGGGGGAGACAGCGAGCAUGCUGGUGCCAUUGCACCGCCUGUACAACCCGUGGAGGCUCGCCCAUGUGACCUCGCUGUCGCUGCGCUGGCAGCAGCACCUCUCAGACGGGCAGCUGAUGGACCUUGUGCUCGCCUGCCCCGCCCUCACUCGCAUGGACAUCACGGGGUGCACCUCGCUUUCCGACCGUGCCCUCGCCGCCCUCAUCUCCUCCUACACGCGGCCCCCUCCCGCCCCCGCCUCGCGCACCACUCCCACUGUGACAUCCGCACGCCAGCAAAAGGGUGGCCAUUCGAGCGGCCGGUCUCAUUGCUCCGAGCGCCCGUCCCCCCGGCGCUCAGGUCGUUGCAUUGGUGAACUCCCCCGGUGCCGCCUGCAGCUGUCCCACCUGUGCGCGUCCCACACUCGCCUUGGCGUGCGCUCUCUGCUCGCCCUCUCCCGUGCUCUCACGGCCGCUGGCGGGGCAAGGGAGGGCGCGGAUGAUGGUGAUUGUGGCGAGGCAGAAGAGGAAGAAGAGGAGGAAGAAGUGAAGGAGGUGGACGAGGAUGAGAGUGAGGAUGACGAGGAGGAGCAAGAAGAAGAUGAGGAAGAAGGUGAUGGAGCGAGUGAGGGACAUGAGGAGGGAGAUGAGGAGGGCGUGGGUGAAGGGCGAAGGGAGGACUGUGGGGUGAGCGGCACCUACGGUGGGCUCAGGAAGCUGGAGCUGGAUGGAUGCCCUGCCUUGCACCACGCCCUUCCGCUCAUGCACCUGCUCACAGCGGCCAGCCCCUCCCUCACGCACCUCUCCCUCGCUAACACCCUUGCUCCCGGCCGCAUGGGGGAACCAGCAGCACCUAAGGGCAAGGGGAGGGGCAGGGAGGCGCAGAGAGGGGCGGGCAGGGGCGAGGAACGCCCCGGUGCAGUGGAUGAUGCGCUCGUGGCGUCGUGGCUGCACGGCGCUCGCACCCUCGCUGCACAGGCUGUGUCCUGCACCACUUCAGGCAGCAGCAGCAGCAGCGAUGGCACUGCGGCGCUGCCCCACUUGACUCAUCUGAAUGUCUCCGAUGCCCCUCUGUCAGCGCAUUCCAUCAGCGCCCUGUGCACAUCAGCCCCGCGCCUGCGUCACCUCCUCAUCUCCGGAUGUGGCAAGCCCACCCCUCCACGGCCCCCCUCCUCCUCUGCCCCUUCCUCUCCGCCCAUCACCACCAUAACCAUCCCCCCGCACCUCACCACUCUCCAGGCCUCCUGGGCGCUUCCCCUCUCCCUCUCCAUCCCCCCGCGUCCCCUCAACCCGCCCACAAGUCCCUCCUCUGUGUGCCCAUCUCUACCACAACCACUGCCACGGCUCUUCCCCCUAUCGCACAGCCUGCGUGCCCUCGCCCUGGGGCUGGGCGCCACAAUCUCCGAUGCCUCACUGCGUGCCAUUGCCGCGUGCUGCCCUCGCCUCACAGCACUCUCACUCACCUUCCAGCCGGUGUCAGAUGACGGUGUUCUGCCUCUCCUCGCCGCCUGCCCGCUGCGCUACCUCUCCCUGCUGCACUGCUGGGGCCCCUUCUCCCCCUCGCUCUUCUCUCCACCACUCCCCACCGCACAAGCAUCACUAGGCACAUGCACGCACCAUGGCCACACUCACUCCCAUGCCCAUGGCCAUCGCCCCUCAGAGCUUGCUCGUGCCGCCAUCCUGCCACGCCUCACAUCUCUCUCCCUGGGUGGUGGCUUUGCCUGGCUCUCUGCGCUUCACCUCACUGCCCUUGCCUCCGCUGCUCCGCUUCUGCGCUCUCUCUCCCUCUCCUCCUGCCCCUCCCUCUCCCAAGAUGCGCCUCUCAUACUCGCCAGCUCCUUUCCAGCACUUACCUCACUCACGCUCACUGAGUGCCCCAACCUCUUCAGCGUCCAUGCGCCAGCAUCCCUCGUCGCCCUCAGCGCCCUCUCCUCACUGCACCUGCGCCACACUGGCAAGCAAGCACCCUCUGACUUCAUUCAGCAUGCGGCUAGCAGGCUGCCAGCGCUGCAGCAUCUCACUCUGGACCUGUGUGACGCGCUCUCCUCCUCCUUCCACGUGCCACAAGAGGGUAGGGCGGAGAUGCAUGUGAUGGGAGACAGCCUACUGGUUGUGAGGCUGUUCAAGUGCCAUGUGCUGCACUCCUCCCAUGCUCACUCAUUGACUGCCCUCACUCCUUCCGACAGCACGUCCGGGAAACGAACCCUGGGCACCAAGGAUGUCCUCGUUAUAGCCAGAACCACCAAUGGCAUUACGACUUAUGUCGAAAACGUUUCUUAG